AUUAAAGAUAAAAAACAUUUUUCUCAAAGUAUUAAUGAUGCUGAAGUAGUGCAAAGCAUAAAAGACAAAAUUAAAGAGGAAAAAAAACUCAUAACAGUAGAAUUUGCAGAAACAGGAAAGGUAAAAUUUUCGGUAUACGAAAGAUAUUUUAAACCUAUGGGAAUCGUUUUAAUAGUUAUUACCGUUGUUGGCACACUCAGUUCUCAAAUGUUUUCUGUGGGAUCUAAUAUGUGGUUAAGUGUUUGGAGCAAUGACAAACCUAACGACGACGGAUCUCAGGAUUUGGCACAGAGAAAUUUCAGACUCGGAAUUUAUGCGGUUCUCGGUUUUGGACAAAGUAUAAUGUCGUUGAUAGGUUAUUUCGGUCUAGCUUACGGCAGCGUAAAAUCGUCGUUUCGUUUACAUCAGAAUAUUCUUUUCAACAUUCUUCGUUCUCCCAUGGCAUUUUUUGACACAACGCCUUUGGGAAGAAUUAUUAACAGAUUUGCAAAAGAUAUCGAUACGAUCGAUACAACCAUACCGAUGACGCUAAGAUCUUGGAUAUCGUGUUUCACAAAUGUUUUAGGUACAAUAUUUAUUAUUUCUUACGAAAUUCCCGUAUUUCUUGCCGUGAUCGUGCCAUUAUCGAUAUUUUAUUACUUGGUUCAGAGGUUCUACAUACCGACCUCGAGACAAUUGAAGCGACUAGAAUCGAUCACUCGUUCGCCUAUUUAUUCUCACUUUUCCGAAACGUUAACGGGAGUCAGCACUAUAAGAGCUUUUAGAGCGGAAGACUAUUUUAUAAGCAAGUGCUACAAAAAUGUCGAUAUUAAUCAAUGUUGCUACUAUCCAAGUACUAUAGCUAACAGAUGGUUGGCUAUCAAUCUGGAAUUUUGUGGAAACUGUGUUGUGCUAUUUGCGGGUCUGUUCGCCGUAUUGGCUAAAGAUACGUUAACUGCAGGUUCUGUAGGUCUUAUUAUCAGCUAUGUUCUUCCCGUGACGUCGACUCUUAGCUGGUUGGUUCGUAUGAAUUCGGAAUUGGAAACUAAUAUCGUUGCUGUAGAACGUGUUAUUGAAUAUAGCGAAACUCCAACAGAG